AUGGCUUCUGGUUACGGUCUUCAUGGCGGGGUCGGUAGAUGUUUUCCAUUCUGGCAGGACAUGUUGGCCUGCUACGUUAUGAAUACAAACUCAGGGAGUGAUGAGGGAAAAUGGAAGUGUGCCCCUCAACAUGACGAUUACUACGAAUGUCUCCAUCACAAAAAGGAGCUUGCGAAAGCAAAGGCCAUUCAAUCUGCAUAUAUCCGCCGCGCGAAGACUGAUCCCGAUUUCGCUUCUGGGGCCCGACCCGAAGGCGAGACAGAUGUUAAAAGUCUGGGGCUAUUAGGCUCGAAAUAA